AUGAGAAUCGGGAAUGGGCGCGAGGGACAUGGGAAUGGGGUAGGGGAAAGGACAAAGUCUGAUAAACCAACAAACUCUGAAGCUCCAAACUCUGAUGUUCCAGUGAAUACCGAAGCUGCUUCUACACCAAAGCAGAAAAGAAGGAGGAGACUUGUUGCAGCAUAUGAAUUUGAUGAUCUUGAACCUGCACAAGAUGUGAAUUCUGAACCUAUUCCUACAACAACAAAUGAACCUGCUCAGCCCAGUCCAAAACCAGCUAGAUUCAAAAGAAGGGCACACAAGCCAAAGAGGGCCAAGAUUCCAGAAUCUGAAAUUACUGAUUUCACCAUUCAAGAAGAGCAAGCACCAUCCAGUUCAAUUCCUGAUGAUUCAUCUCAACCUCUGAUGGUGGACCCUCUUCAAGCUGUUCCUCUGAUAUCUCCUACAGUAUCUCCUACAACAUCUCCUAAAGCAACUCCUACAGCAUCUGCAGUAGAUGAAGAAAUAGAGUGUGAUGCACAAGCUACAAAUGAAGCUGGAGCAAAAACUUCUGAUUCUAAAUCUCCAAUAUCUGAUCAUGGCCAUUCUACUCCAAUUCCUCAUUCUCCAAUGAAAAUACCUGAGAAUGCCAUUGUUCAUGAUACAGCUCCAGAAAACUACAGGUCUGAUGUAGUUGAUGAAUCAGACAAGGUAGCUGUGGAAGCUCUGCAGUCUCUUGCUCAGACUGGUGAAGAACCUAUCAAAUCCCAGUCUGAAGCCCAAGGAAAAUCUGCUCAAGAUACUGUGGAGAAAGUUGCUAAUCCUGUUCUUGAAGAUGAAAAAGCAAACUCUGAUACUGAGGAUGAUGCCAGUUCAGAUACUGACAAGGAUGAAGAUGCUGAAGUCCCUCUGACACAACAAAAAUGGGAGUCUACUAGCCAGUUCAAUGCCAGAUUGUGA